GAAUGACUCGUGUUUGUCCGGAGCGAGGAGGGUCCAAACCCGGAGAUCUGGGGAGAAAUGAGAAAAAAACGUCUCCGAGUCCUGGUCACGGCCGCCAUCUUGGCUCUCAUGCUCUUCAUCAGCUCUUUGUGGUUACCUCAGGGCGGAGGUCCGGGCUGUGGCUCUGAGUGGCAUCCCUGUCUCACAUUUUACCAGCACGAGCCUGAGCCAAAAGCAGACGCGGUUCUGUGGGAGGAGUCAGAGCUAAACCCCGCCUUCAGGGAAUGUCCUGGCCAAUCAUUUCAGAGCCCUGUGCUGAUGCGUCACCUGGGGGCGUGUCUAAGUGAAGACGGGGACGUUCUGAUGGAGCCGUAUCUCCAGAGCUGGGAUCAACUCAUACUGUUCAUGGAGUCUCUGGGGACGAUGGUGAGUUUCUUUUCUCACAAAGUCAAGGACAAAGUGGCUCUGAUCCGACACCUGUCAAUCAAACAGUCUGCAGGAGAGGAUCAUGGGAAACGCGGUCCAACUCCAGAGGCGUACGGACUCAGAGACGGGGUUUAUCGGUCGGUGCGCUCCAUGGUGGAGGCGGAGCUUCAGCAGGGUCUGGUGGGCUUUUCCUUCAGGACCGAGUCUGGAUGUAGGACUUUACUGAGACUUCAUCGGUCUCUGCUCUGGGUCAAACUCGUCCUACAGGGUCUAACCGAGGAUCCAGACCAGAACGGAGUCUACAAGACGCCCGGAGAGAUCGGCAGGGAGGCGUACUCUGUGGCGCUGGCUCCUCAUCAUUCCUGGUUCCUGCGGCGUGCGGCGGAGCUGGUCUUCGUGGCGCUCCCGGACAGGAAGUACUUUCUGCAGCAGGUUUGUGUGAACAGCCAAUCAGAGGCGGCGCCCGCUCUGCGCGUCAUCAUCCGUGCACUGACGCGCGUGCACGAGCGAACGCACGGGAUCCUGGAGCGACACGGGAUGCUGCUGCUGCCAUGACAACCAGGAAAACAAGGACUUCUGUACAGACGAGAAGGUCAGGGAUUAAAGGAGCAACCUGGAACUUUAAAAAUGAACAACUACCUUUUUCUGAUGAGGAAAUAAAAAUGAACUUUUAAAGGAAAUGUAUGUCAGAUUAUGAUUUAAAGUAUGGUCAUUUUGUGUUUGUAGAAACUCUAAAGCUGCAGGACUAAACUGGGACUAAACCAGGACUAAACCAGGACUAAACCAGGACUAAACCAGGACUAAACCAGGACUAAACCAGGAUUAAACUAGGUCUAAACCAGGACUGAACCAGGACUGAACCAGGACUGAACCAGGACUGAACCAGGUCUAAACCAGGACUGAACCAGGACUAAACCAGGACUAAACCAGGACUAAACCAGGACUAAACCAGGUCUAAACCAGGUCUAAACCAGGACUAAACCAGGACUAAACCAGGACUGAACCAGGACUGAACCAGGACUAAACCAGGUCUAAACCAGGUCUAAACCAGGUCUAAACCAGGUCUAAACCAGGUCUAAACCAGGUCUAAACCAGGUCUAAACCAGGUCUAAACCAGGUCUAAACCAGGCCUGGUGUGGUGCGCCCUCUUGUGGAAGAUGGUGAGGUUUGUCUCACUCUGCAGGGUUGAACACACACUCUCUGUAGUCCUGCAGCGCCCCCGUGUGGAGGAGCUCGUGACUCACUGCCUUUAAUUUAUCACUUUUACAAAGUCAAAAGAGUUUCCUUAAGUCUG